AUGUUAAGCGCUGAAGAUUCACUCACUUCUUUGGAUGACGAAGACUACGACGUCAACGAAGAAGAUGCACCUAGCACCUGGAACAAGGCUGAGGUUAUAACCCCUCGUGACGCCAGCACGCCCACAGGUGAGCAGUCAUCUGGUGGAGGUGCUUUCAUGGAAAUGGAAGACGUCAUCGAACAGUCAACCGCAACAUCAACGACCACUCCUCUAACAAGGAAACUGCCACGAAAACUCGCCAAAGCAAUGAGGUCAAGGGAGUCUCCAAGCUCAUCCAUGGACCCACGAUCCGUAUUCUACGAGGAGGAAAUCAAACUAUCAAUGCUGCGCCAACAAUUAGCCCUUGAGGAACUAAAGCUGUUGGUGAUUAAAAAUGAUCUCGCUCGGGCUCAACUGGAAAGGGAAACGAUAGCCACGGAACGGGAACGCUUUGAACUGGAACGGGCAAAGCAUGUGAGUGUACUGAUUAGUGUUACUGGUUGCGAUACAAGGAAUUUAGUGAUCAAAUGA